UAAGAAAGGAAAAGGUACACGGCUUAAUGGCCCGACCCAUUUACCUGCCAAGCGGCGGGAGUAGUAACCCGGACCCGUCGCCUCCUCCUGUUCUCAUCUCCGCCGCCGUCCCCGCCGAUCGGGGGUUCUCCCCUCCACGGCCAAGUUGUUCUGAUCUUGGUCGCGGAGAGCAAUGGGAUCCCAAUCCAAGAGGACGCUGUCGAGGUACAGCACCGUCACGGAGCAUGGCUCCCACACGUUCGAGAUCUCCGGGUACAGCCUCAAGAAGGGCAUCGGCGUCGGCGAGUUCAUCCAGUCGAGCACCUUCACCGUCGGCGGCUACGACUGGGUCAUCCGCGUCUACCCCGACGGGUCAUGCGACGCCGUCAAGGACUACGUGUCGGUCUAUCUCGAGAUCAUGAGCAGGAACACGGAGGCGAGGGCGUGCUGUAGCCUCAGGUUGAUUAACCAGGACACCGGAAAGCCAGUCAUCAUGUGGUCUGAAGAAACCCCCAAGGUGUUCAGGUCCUGCGACAGCAGUCGCUUUGGCCCCCAAAAUGGACAAUUCGUGCUGAGAAGUGUGCUGGAGGAGGAAUCAUUAGGCUACAUCAAGGAUGACUUUUUCCAGAUCGAGUGCGACAUUACUGUCAUCAAAGAUUCGUACGUGUACGAAUCCUCAGUGUGGUCUGAAAUCACUGUGCCACCAUCAGAUUUAUCCCAGCAUUUGGGCAAGCUAUUGUCAGACAAGAAGGAUACAGACGUGACUUUCAGUGUUGGAGGAGAGAAUUUUGUGGCGCACAAGAUCGUACUCGCUAUGCGGUCACCUGUCUUCAAGGCACAGCUGUAUGGUCAGAUGAAGGAGAGGAGGGCGCGGCGCAUAACUGUCGAAGACAUGCAGCCUGCUAUUUUCAGGGCCUUGCUGCAUUUCAUCUAUAACGAUUCGCUGUCUGCUGAUAUGGAUGAUCUUAAUGAUGAUGAAUACAGUGAAACCAUCCGGCAUUUGCUUGUUGCUGCAGAUAGAUAUGCCAUGGACAGGCUAAAGUUGAUGUGCCAAAGCAUCCUUUGUGACUAUAUUAACGUGGAGACCGUGGCAGCUACACUGGCUUUAGCUGAUCAGCAUAACUGUGACAAGCUCAAGGCUGUUUGCGUUGAAUUCCUUGAAUAUACUGCAUCCUCAGAGGGGAUGGAUGCUGUGGUGGCAACCCAAGGAUAUGCAGAUCUCAAAAGAACUUGCCCUUCUGUCUUAGUGGAUGUGUUUGAGAAGACAAGUAGGUCUCGCAAAGCAUAGAUGAGCAACUAAUCCAAGCCAACUCUGUUUGCUAGGUAGUUUUGUUGUUACAUUGUUAUGUUAAAUAGCCUACUUGCACCUAAAUAUUUAUUUCUGACUUUUGAGAAAACUUCUCUUAGAAUCAUGGAUAUAAUAUUUUAUCUCUUUCAUCCUGCUA